UGAGAACCACAAGGCCUAUCUGACGAAGAUUUAGCGGAAAUAAAGAUUUCAGCAUAAUUUGAUAUCAUGUCAGAACUCACAGGAAGUGUUGAGGGAUCUGAUGAAUGGGAAGAAGAGGAGACCACUGUGGUUGUGGAGUUGUCUGGUAUUUUGGAGAGUGACUUUAUAUCACAAUGUGAUGGAGAAUGUAAGGUCCUGGGUAUAAACACAGACAAACCUCUAUUACAACUAGACCGGUAUACCUUCUCUGGGGAGUAUGCUGACACUAUGGGAACAAACCUGAUUUUCACUCAGGAAGAUGUAGAAAAAGUAGAGCCACAGCAGUUCCAUGAGGCUGCAGAAAUACCUACGAAAAAGCUUCAAUACCUGUGUAAAGUGGACAAGAAGCUGAACAUGUCUCGUGUAUUUGUUUCCAGAGCACAGCGAGAUGAGGUUAAUGUAGAUUCUGGUGAAGACAACACUACUGAUAAAGGAGAUGAGGAUGUCCAGAUUGUAAAUCCGAACAUUAACCCCCAAACAUUAGAUCAAACAGCUAUGUCAGUAGAUACCGAUUCUACUGUGACAAUACAACGAAAGGAGCCCAGUUCUGAGUCACAAGUGUAUACCCCUAGUGGAGGUACUGAGUCACAAGUGGACACACUUAGUAGAGGUACUGAGUCACAAAUAGACAUAUGUAGUGGAAGUGCAGAGUCACAGGUUGACGUACUGGAUGGAGGUAACGAGUCACAAAUGGACGUUUCAAGUGUGGAGACAUUCAGACCACAUAUAGACACAGCUGAAGUUUCUCAAGAUCAUCCUGGGACAGAAAUGAUACAGCAAAGUGACCCAGAUGGAUAGUUGGAGUCGAGAUAAUUGUUCUUAUUUUCCAAGCCUUAUACCCAUGAAACUAUUUAGAUUCAAUGACAAAUAAGAAAAUAAACUGUU